AUGCAAAGCAGGAAUUUUGCUGUAAUAACGUGUGAAUCGUGUAAAGCCUUUUUUAGACGCUUUGGUCUUAAGGAUAAGCCAUUGAAUUGUCCCUCAAAUGGUAAUUGCAUUAUAAAUCAAAUGACGAGAAAAUUAUGCCAAAAAUGUCGACUCGAGAAGUGCUUUGCGGUCGGAAUGAAAAAAGAAUUUAUCAGAAGUGAUGAGGAAAAUGAAAAACGAAAGAAAACUAUUCGUGAAAAUAAGUUAAAACGUGAAAAUUCUGAGGAUUUGACCGAUUCUUCCGUCUCUUCGGUCUAUUCUUUUACCGAUUCUUCAAAUGAUUUAAUUAUUUUCGAUGAAAACAAAGAGAAAGACAUUUUGGAUGAAUUGUCCGUCAAUUCAAUUGACAUUACUUUGGAUGAGAUGACAGACAUUGAGAACAGUAUUACAGACAUCACAUUAGAUGAGUCACUCGUUGUAAUGACAGAAAUAGCGGAUAAAUGCGAAAACACGGCAAUUGUUCCCAUGUUUAGAGAAAUCACGGAUUAUAACGGUUUGAAUGAAUUGGAAAGCAAUAGGAUAUCGGAGUUGACGAGCGCUGCCGUUGUGUUUGAAUACAAAAUGUCUGAUAAUAUAAUACAAAUUAAUAGUAUAGAAGAAAUGUUAAAAACUUGUUCACACAAACAAGAGUUUUUAAUAAUGGACAUGGCCAAUUUCUCUAAAUCUCUGUCCGGAUUCAAUACGAAUGAUGCUACCACUGUUAUGGCAAAUAUGAGGGUGUUUGCAUUUGGUAAUGGUAAAUAUCUUGAACUAUGUCGGCCGUUAAUGCAUCAAUUGGUUGAUGAAUGGAACUAUGAUGAUCCGAUAGCAAUUGACUUGUUAACGGCAAUUAUAUUUUAUAACCCGAAUCGACCGAAUAUAAGACACAAACACAAUGUUAAACUCGAACAACAACUGUAUAUAUAUUUACUGCAAAGAUAUCUACUAUGGAAACACCGGUCGGAUUCAGAAUCGGGACUAAAACUUCAAAAACUAAUGCUUUCAUUAAAAAGUAGGAGUCCCUGA